AUAGUACAAUUAUCGAGUUCGACGUAAAAUCGAGUAUAGUAGGGUUUGGUGACAAGCAAUUCUUAUAAUAGCAGCAAGUAUAAUAAUUAAAUUUUGAUUUCAUGAUCUGUUUCUUUUCAUAAGUGAAUGAUCUUAUAAGAAAAAAGAAUUAAUUAUUAUUUACAGUUGAUUACAAGUAGUGAGUGCGAAAAUGACGCUCACAAAUAAGAUGGAAAUAGAUGAAAAAAUUGCGAAGGGUGAAGGUUUUAAACCGUAUUAUAUUACCAAAAUUGAAGAACUACAGCUAAUUGUAGCUGAGAAAAGUCAAAAUUUGAGAAGGUUACAAGCACAGCGCAAUGAACUUAAUGCAAAAGUACGUAUGUUACGAGAGGAAUUACAACUUCUUCAAGAACAAGGAUCCUAUGUCGGAGAAGUUGUUAAACCAAUGGAUAAAAAGAAAGUUUUAGUUAAAGUACAUCCAGAGGGUAAAUUUGUGGUGGAUAUAGACAAAAACAUUGAUAUUAAUGAUGUAACACCAAAUUCAAGAGUUGCGUUACGCAAUGAAAGUUAUACUUUACAUAAAAUCUUACCAAAUAAAGUAGAUCCACUAGUGUCUCUUAUGAUGGUAGAAAAAGUACCAGACUCUACUUAUGAAAUGGUUGGUGGCUUAGACAAACAAAUUAAAGAAAUUAAAGAAGUAAUAGAACUACCUGUUAAACAUCCUGAAUUGUUUGAUGCUCUUGGAAUAGCACAACCUAAAGGAGUACUUUUGUAUGGACCACCAGGCACAGGAAAAACUUUGUUGGCAAGAGCAGUAGCUCAUCAUACUGAAUGUACAUUUAUUCGUGUGUCUGGUUCUGAAUUGGUACAGAAAUUCAUUGGUGAAGGUUCUCGAAUGGUCCGUGAACUCUUUGUAAUGGCAAGAGAACAUGCACCAUCUAUAAUAUUCAUGGAUGAAAUAGAUUCAAUUGGAAGUUCUCGUAUUGAAUCUGGGUCUGGUGGAGAUAGUGAAGUACAAAGAACUAUGCUUGAAUUAUUGAAUCAGUUAGAUGGUUUUGAAGCAACAAACAAUAUUAAAGUCAUUAUGGCAACAAACAGAAUUGAUAUAUUAGAUCCUGCUCUACUUAGACCAGGACGUAUUGAUCGAAAAAUUGAAUUUCCACCUCCAAAUGAAGAAGCACGUCUUGAUAUUUUGAAAAUUCAUUCAAGAAAGAUGAAUUUAACUCGUGGCAUUAAUUUAAGAAAAAUCGCAGAGCUUAUGCCUGGUGCAUCUGGUGCAGAAGUUAAGGGAGUUUGUACAGAAGCUGGUAUGUAUGCCCUUAGGGAACGUCGCGUUCAUGUUACCCAAGAAGAUUUUGAAAUGGCUGUAGCAAAAGUUAUGCAAAAAGAUUCUGAAAAGAAUAUGUCCAUUAAGAAGUUAUGGAAGUAAAUAGUCAGACUUCACUACUUCAAUAUUGUUUACAUUUUUUGUAAAACCAUUUAUGAGAUCUAUAUUACUUCACAUAAAAUAAAAUUUAUGAUUCUAAAAAGAAAGGAUUAUUCCAAGAUAUAUACCAUUUGCGUGAAGAUUUAGUAUUAAUUA